UACAAACAACAGCCCUACGUACUAUCAAUUGAUAUCUUUCACAAUAGGAAAUGGCUGCUACGGAAGGAUAUCCGCUUCUCUGCCUAGAGAAUCCCCUGCUGGAUAUUCAGGGAGUCGGGGAUGCCGCCAUGCUAGAGAAAUAUGGUCUGAAAGCCAACGAUGCCAUUCUUGCAGAGGAGAAGCAUAUGGGUCUCUUUGAGGACCUCAUCCAAAACCGAAAUGCCAAGUUGAUCGCAGGAGGGGCUGCGCAGAACACUGCUCGCGGUGCUCAGUACAUUCUUCCACCAAACUCGGUUCUUUAUAUCGGCUGCGUGGGCAAGGACAAGUACGCAGAUAUCCUCCAAGAAGCCUGCGACAAGGCCGGCCUGCGAACAGAGUAUCGCGUUGACGAAUCCCAACCCACCGGCCGCUGCGGUGUCAUCAUCACAGGCCACGAGCGAAGCCUCUGCACCCAUCUUGCUGCUUCUAACGAGUACAAGUUGGAACACUUGAAGCAGCCACAUAUCUGGUCCCUGGUUGACAAGGCUAAGGUGUACUAUGUUGGCGGUUACCAUUUGACUGUCUGCGUACCGGCUAUCCUGGCAUUGGCUGAAGAGGCCUCUGCAAAGAACAAGAUCUUCAUGCUUUCUCUCUCGGCCCCGUUCAUCCCUCAAUUCUUCAAAGAGCAGCUCGACUCCGUCUUCCCAUACACAGACUAUGUCCUAGGCAACGAGGAGGAGGCGCUGUCGUUUGCCAAAUCUCAUGGAUGGGAAAUUUCCGACGUCCAAGAAAUCGCCAAAAAGAUGGCUACAUUGUCUAAGAAGAACACCAAUCGCCACCGAACCGUCAUCAUCACCCAAGGAACCGACCCUACGAUUUCUGCUGUUGCUGAUGCUGAUGGAAAUGUUCAAGUUAAACUGACACCGGUCCAUGCCAUCUCGAAACAUGAGAUCAAUGACACAAACGGUGCUGGCGAUGCCUUCGCUGGUGGCUUCUGCGCCGGUAUCGUGGGGGGCAAGAGCGUCGACGAAAGCAUCGAUAUGGGCCAUUGGCUUGCCGGACUCAGUAUUCGAGAAUUGGGCCCAUCCUAUCCAUUCCCGAAACAAGUUUAUAAACCCUCAUAG